CCUCCCUUCUCUUCUCUUCCUUCUCACAACAACUCUUUCUCAACCAAUUUCUUGAGAGAGAAACUCCAAAACCAUAUUUAGAGAGAGAAAGAGGAAAUCUGCAGUCCUUAGCAAACUGUAGUCUGUAGUAACAGUACACAAAAAGCAUAAAUCAGUAAAUCACCCUUUAUUUCUUCUUCUCCAAACAAUUUAGGGGAAGUUUUUAGGUCUAAAUCUUUUUUUUUUCUAAGAUAAGAUGCAUUGUUUUUUGCUAUUUUUACUAGUUGAGUUGCUACUGUUACUGGGUUCUUUUACUUUUUCUGGGAAUUCAUUGUCUUUAUUGGAAGAGAGACAAGUUUUGCUUGAGUUUAAAUCUUCUGUUUCUGAUCCGUCUGGAAUCCUUUCGUCCUGGGUUGAAACCGUUGAUUCUAGUCUUGUUCACCACUGUUCUUGGUUUGGUGUUAGUUGUGAUUCCCAAUUUAGGGUUUCAUCGAUUCAAAUCGUUGGCGGCGGUGAAGUUUCAGGUAAUUUUAAUUAUGAUUUGGGGAAAGUUUCUUGUUUUAAUGUUACUCGAUACCCUUUUUAUGGAUUAGGGAUCAGGAGGUUUUGUGAUGCUAGAAUUGGGAAAUUAAGUGGGGGUUUAUCACCUGUGAUUGUGAAUUUAAAUAAACUUAGGGUUUUGUCACUUCCGUUUCAUCACUUUAGUGGUGAAAUUCCUGGCGAGAUUUGGGGGUUAGAGAGUUUGGAAGUGCUUGAUCUUGAAGGGAAUUUGAUUUCUGGGAAGAUUCCCACUUCAGUUUCGGGUAAGGGUCUGAGUAGAUUAAGGGUUUUGAAUUUGGGGUUAAAUAGAAUUAGUGGGCAGAUACCUAAUUCCUUUUCAGGAUUGGUAAGUUUGGAAUUGUUGAAUUUGGCUGCAAAUGAGAUCGAGGGUUUGCUUCCGGUAUUUCUUGAUGAUUUUCCGAGGUUGUGGGGGAUUUAUUUGUCGUUGAAUCGAUUUGUAGGGAUAAUCCCCGAUUUGUGGGGGAGUAAUUGUGGAAAUCUAAAGUAUGUUGAUCUGUCCGGAAAUGCAUUGAAUGGUAAGAUACCAGUUGGCUUGGGGAAUUGCAAGGAGUUACGAGUAUUGUUGCUGUCGUCAAAUGUGUUGAAAGGCGGUAUUCCACGUGAGCUUGGCCUGCUUAGGAAGCUUACCGUUUUGGAUGUUUCGAGGAAUAGCCUUAAUGGUAACAUUCCAACUACGCUUGGGAGUUGUCGUGACUUGUCGGUUCUUGUUUUGUCGAAUCUAGAUGAUCCGCUUUCGGUAAAUAGUGAGUCAAAUGGUGCAAUUACUCAUAGUGAAGGCAAUCGAUUUCAAGGAUCGAUUCCCUUUGAGAUAACCACAUUGCCAAAAUUGAGUGUUCUUUGGGCACCGAAGGCAGGUCUCCAGGGUGAGACUAAUUGGGGUAGUUGUGAUCACUUGGAAAUCGUAAAUUUGUCGCAGAAUUCGCUCACGGGGAUAACAGAUGUAGCAUUUGAUAGCUGCAAAAGCCUCAUUUAUGUCGAUGUUAGCUCAAACGGGUUUUCUAGGAAGCUCAUUGAGAAUCCUAAUUUGGCCGAGUUUACAUCUAGGACCUGCCAGUCUUUGUUGUCGUGGAUUUCCCAUCGUCGCCAUCAUAACAAUGGAGUCGCUGCGUACCUUUCGUACUUCAUCAGUAAAUCUUGCUCGGGAAUCUCUUCUCGUCUUUCCAUGGAAAAAUUUCAAGUAAGGAGACCUAAAAGUAGAAGGUUACUCUCAGAACUCAACAAAUCCUUUGAUGAAACCGUGUCAUCUUCAAGUGCACAGACCAAUAAUGAGGAAUUGCAGCCUUCGGAUGGGAAUAGUAACAAGAACAACUUCAACUCCAUAGAGAUCGCGUCCAUUGUGUCUGCAUCAGUUAUCGUCCUUGUUUUGUUGGCACUCGUCGUCCUCUUCAUUUAUACAAGGAAAUGUGCUCCCCGAGAUGGCUCUAGGAUUCAAGUGUACGAAAGACGGGAAAUCAAGGUCUUCACCAACAUUGGGGUGCCAUUGACGUACCAGAAUAUUGUUAAGGCCACCGACUGCUUCAGUGCAGGUAACUGCAUCGGAUGUGGUGGGUUCGGUGCAACCUAUAAGGCCGAGAUAUCUACAGGCGUGAUCGUGGCUGUAAAGCGGCUUUCUGUCGGAAGGUUCCAUUGCAUUCAACAGUUUGAUGCUGAGGUUAGAACCCUUGGAAGGAUCCGGCACCCUAAUCUGGUUACCCUCAUAGGUUAUCAUGCCAGUGAAACCGAGAUGUUUCUCAUUUAUAACUACCUUCCCGGUGGUAAUUUGGAAAAGUUCAUUCAAGAACGAUCCACCAAGUCCAUUAAAUGGAAAGCCCUUCACAAGAUCGCAUUAGAUGUCGCCCACGCAAUCGCGUACUUACACGACGAAUGCAAUCCAAGGGUUAUACAUCGAGAUGUAAAACCAAGCAAUAUCUUGUUAGACAAUGACUACAAUGCCUACUUGUCUGAUUUCGGCUUAUCAAGGUUGUUGGAAAAUUCCGAAACCCAUGCCACUACCGGUGUUGCAGGAACUUUCGGGUAUUUAGCACCCGAAUAUGCCAUGACUUGUCGUGUGUCUGAGAAAGCUGAUGUAUACAGCUACGGUGUUGUAUUGCUAGAGUUAAUCUCCGACAAAAAAGCAUUAGAUCCGUCGUUUUCCUCCCAUGGAAACGGAUUCAACAUCGUCUCUUGGGCCCACUUGCUCUUACGACAAGGUCGAGCUAAAGAAGUGUUCACAACCGAAAUCUGGGAGAGUGGUCCACAUGACGAUCUGGUGGAGGUGCUACAUUUGGCCGUAAAAUGCACCGUUGACACGCUCUCAAUAAGGCCGACUAUGAAGCAAGUCGUACAAUUGUUAAAGCAGCUUCGGCCGCUUGGCUAGUUUAUGUUGAAGUUAAUAGUUUUCAUGUUCGUUUUUCAACCAGUUUUGCAUCAGCCAGUGUAUCUUGUAUGCCAUUUUAAGAAGGGAAAAAACCUGCUGUGAAUGUAUUUUUAGAAUGUAGAUAUUAGUCUUUUCCCAGGUAUAAUCUAUUAGGGAUCAAUUUCAGAUUUAUGUAAGUUUUUUUUUUUUUUUUUUUUUUUUUUUUUUAACUUUGUUCUUGCAGCAUUUGAAAUGUAUAUAUCAUGAGAUCAAUUAAAAUAUUUGUAA